AUGGCCGCCAGGACAUACGACAACGUCAAUCUACAAUUUCCCUCAAAUGAAGAUGUACGGGACAGUGGUAUCUACACGAUACCGGCUUUUCAAAACGACUUUUCACAUCCUGAGAAGGCGCAUCGGAUCUCGUUGAUCAGACCCAAUGUCGACGACAACCACGUGGGAGAUGACGACAUGCAAGCCGUUGCGGCCAAAGAUCACGUCCAGUCAAUUUUGACACCCACCGUGAUCAUAUGCGUGCCCAUUGUGCUUCUCGCCGGUGCCCUGCUCGCUUUGGUGCUCAUCUUCAGGGUAAACCCGAAGCCCGUGAGUCAGCCGGCCUCAGACCGAAAGAGCGAAUCUAAUCAACCCGCAGCACGCUUGGUAUUUGUGGCGAGCUUCUUAUCCACGGUGGCACCGUUGCUCGGAUCCUACAUUAUGGCUCUGAUAGCAUUGCCUGUGUCAAGGGAUCUCGAGGUCGCUUCCAGAAAUUCCGAGUAUCUCAAGCUGCCGACACCUUACCAGAUGAGUCUCUUGAUCGGUAUCCUCGUGGCAGCCACCGAGCAGCUGCGGACUUAUUUUGGCUACCUGUUGCAUCGGACAGAAAGGGCCGGCAUCCCUCGAGUUCUCCAUCGCUCAGCCUGGAUGAUGACUUUGACCAUCGCUUUGGCGGGUGCCGUAUCCAUCAGCGAUGCGGUCUUACAUUACAUGACGUCCACGAUUGAAUUUGACCAGGUAUUUGUGCGAGCUGUACCAGAUCGACAGUUUGGUCGAGGGGUUUCGGAGUUCUGCCUCGAUUUCGACCGCGAAAAGGUGGGACUGCCGUGUUCUGUCGAGUUCGAUUUCGUGGAUCCCAACAAGAAUUUUGAGCAGACGGAAGCGAGCAGGUUGGUGCACAACACCUCCCAAACCUCAACCAUUCGAUUCGCCAACUUGCACGACCAGCCAGGAUCAGACAUUGCAUACCUGACUCCAUCAGACCAAGCCAUCGCCACAGGGACCGACUUUCAUGCGACAACUGUUGGAAUCUCGACGAUGUGUGAACUUGUCCCAGCUUCUAGCUGCAGCAUGGCGAGUUGGGGUCCGACCGACGUUUACACCAACUUCACUUGCUCAGACAUGUUUCAUGGGACGAUCGGCAUGCCUCCCAAUGUGAGCGACGUGAGCUCGGUUCGGAUCCCCGAUGCCUACCGGUCGUUCUUGAUGUACAAGCCGGCUCAAAACAUCAUGUACACCUUCUUCAACGAUUCUUCGAUGAAGACGGUGUACAAUACCGUCGGCUACAAUGACUCUGGGCUCUUUGACCUCAACAUUUUUCCUCUCAACGACUCACAGCUAGUGAAUCCCUUUUACCUGGCGCUGGCUGGCCGGACAGAGUAUUCAUCCUUCGAAUCAGACAGUGAAAUGCUGAUAACAAAUGACACCAAGCGGGACCAAUACAACUCCAUCGUUGAUUUCAUCGUCAAUUGUGCCGUCACUUCCUAUGAUGUCAGCUACACUUGGUUCAACCAGUCUCUCUACAAUAUCUCUGCGAUACCGACAACAAACGGUAGCGUCCUCGAGAUCUUUCACGGUUCUCAAUUAUACUCAACCGUCAGUGGCGGGAGUUUUGAUCUCCAAGAUUUUGUGGACCAAUCUUCCAUGUCAGGAUCGACCAAGGAAUCGUUUUUAGGCAAGUUUGGCUCCUUGUACUCGUCCAAGGUGCUCGCAAAGAUUGGAGGCUAUAGUACCAAUCGGAUGGCUUUGCAGCAGCAACAUCGGGAGCACAUGUUGCUGUCCAAGGUCCCUGUUGUUCCACUCUCUCUACUCAUCGCUUGGAGCUUUGCCUACCCAAUCUUGGGUUUAGUCCUCGCCCUUCAGGCGUAUUGGGCCGCUCAGCACAACAUCAAGGAGAUUGUUGCCAAGCUGAGCUUACGUGGUUUGUCCCAGGCAGCAUUUGAAGACCAGACCGAAGCAGGCUCCCCUGCGAGGAGUGUGCGCCUCUCGAGAGAGAAUGUCGUUCAGCUGUCGAAACAGGACACAAGGAGAGUCCUGGUGGACGGGAACGCAACGCGGGGGUUCGAGUUUCGAGUGGUGGUGUGA